UUUCCCUGUUUUCUUGCAAUUGACAAUUUUCAUAAUAUUUAUUUUAUUGUGAACAAUAUUUCCUUCAAAAUAUAAUGGUGAGGAUUCUUAUGUUGACCAUUUGUCUUGUAUAAAGCUCCAUCAAUUUGUUCACUUUAAUCACAAAACUAGCUUAAGCUUCCAUGGACAAACUUUCCAUUCUUUUCCUCUUACUUGCAUUCUCUUCUUCAUUUCUUCAUGAAAAUUUAGCUUCUUCUUCAGGAACUCCUGAUCGGUCCGAACAAUGGGGCUACGUCGAAGUUCGACCAAAGGCACAUUUAUUUUGGUGGCUCUAUAAAAGCCCCUCUAGGGUUACAAAUUCAUCCACACCAUGGCCAAUAAUUUUAUGGCUUCAAGGAGGACCAGGUGGCUCUGGUGUUGCAUUUGGAAAUUUCCUAGAGAUUGGACCACUGGACAGCAAUUUAAAUCCAAGGAAUUUGACAUGGCUAAACAAAGCAGAUCUCUUAUUUGCGGACAGUCCAGUGGGUACAGGAUUUAGUUAUGUAGAAGACAGGGAAUUGGCGGUUAAGACAGAUGAAGAGGCAGCAACUGACUUAACUGCCCUAUUGAAAGAGCUGUUUAAUGGAGAUGAGAAUUUGCAAAAGAGUCCUUUGUACAUAUUUGCAGAGUCUUAUGGAGGCAAAUUUGCUGUAACUCUUGCUGUUUCUGCUCUUCAAGCAAUUGAAACAGGGGAUUUAAAGAUGCAACUUGGGGGAGUUGCUUUAGGAGAUAGUUGGAUUUCUCCUGAAGAUUUCGUGUUUACAUGGGGACCUUUACUUAAAGACCUAUCCAGAAUGGAUAACAAAGGGCUAAAUAUCUCAAAUAGUUUAGCUCUAAAUAUUCAACAACAACUAGCUCAAGGCCAAUAUAAAAGUGCUACAUCAACAUGGAGUGAGCUUGAGAAUGUAAUUCUCGCAUAUAGUAACAAUGUGGACUUUUAUAACUUCAUGCUCGAUUCUGAAAAUGAUCCGGUGAUUGGGAUCUCUACGGAAAGAUCAAAAUUGAUUUCCAUUGAUAGGUAUUCAAGAUAUCUUGAAGCAAUGUUUUAUAAAUCAAAUGGUGCUACUAGUAAUAACCUUGAUGACUUGAUGAACGGGCCUAUCAAAGAUAAGCUGAAGAUCAUACCUAAAAAUGUCACUUGGGGAGGACAAAGCGAAUUGGUUUUUCCAGCUUUAGUUGAUGAUUUCAUGAAGCCUAGAAUCCAAGAGGUUGAUGAGCUAUUGGCCAAAGGCAUAAGAGUGACUGUGUACAACGGCCAACUUGAUCUAAUAUGCUCAACAAAGGGAGCAGAAGCAUGGCUUAACAAACUUAAGUGGGAUGGCUUGAAAACAUUUCUGAAACAAGAACGUACUCCUUUGUAUUGCACAAGUGAUAAUACAACCACUAAAGGUUUUAGAAGCUCAUAUGAAAACUUAUCGUUCUAUUGGAUCAUGGGAGCUGGCCAUUUUGUUCCGGUCGAACAACCUUGUAUUUCUCUGCAAAUGGUGGGAAAUAUUACUCGAUCUCCAAAUAGAAUAUAAUGGAAGAAUAUUAUAAUUCAUAAAGACUUUUACAGAAACAUGUUGUUCGAUCUUUGUUUUAGCAAUGAAUUUAUCCAUCAAAAGGCUUUGUACUAUUUGUUUCUUAUUUCAUACGUCUUUUAUGGAUGGAAAUUGUGAGAAUGUAAUUCAAUUGUCGUUAAAUCGUAAACAAAUUAUA